UGCGUGUCUGAUUUUCUUUCUUUUCUUGUUUGGUAAAUGGUCUGAUUUCAUGAUGCCAUUUGUGUAGAUUUUACGUUGCUGAAGUUCUUCUCGCAUUAGAGUAUUUACACAUGCUUGGGGUUGUCUACCGAGACUUGAAACCAGAAAAUGUAAUGGUUCGGGAAGAUGGUCACAUCAUGCUUACAGAUUUUGACUUGUCACUUAGAUGUGCUGUGAAUCCAACAUUGCUCCAAUCAUCUUCACCUGUUGUUGAGUCCCCAAAGAGGGUUUCCAGUCCAUGCUCAGAAUCUAGCUGCAUAGACCCUUUCUGCCUCCAUCCAUCCUGGCAAGUCCCCUGCUUCACCCCCAAGUUUCUCUCUGCUGCAGCAAAAACCAAAAAGCUUAAAUCUGAACUAGCUGCCCAAGUUAGCCCACUGCCUCAGCUUGUAGUCGAGCCAACCAAUGCACGAUCCAAUUCCUUUGUAGGAACGCACGAAUACUUGGCUCCAGAGAUAAUCAAAGGAGAAGGUCAUGGGAGUGCAGUGGACUGGUGGACCUUUGGAAUCUUUCUCUAUGAGCUUUUAUAUGGCAAGACACCCUUUAAAGGUCAAGGAAAUGAGGAUACACUGGCCAACGUGGUGUCAAAAUGUCUCAAGUUCCCCGAAAGCCCUAUAGUUAGUUCUCAUGGAAGAGAUUUGAUCAGACGGCUGCUGAAAAAGGAACCCGAGAAUAGAUUAGGUUCUGCAAAAGGGGCAGCUGAGAUCAAACAGCACCCAUUCUUCGAGGGUCUGAACUGGGCUUUGGUACGAUGUGCGACACCACCGGAGCUGCCCAACUUCUAUGAUAUGGGGAAUGUCACUUCAGAUUCAUCUUCCCAGAAUAAAGAGAGUACCAAGUGUCUGAAAGAUCCCAACGGUACAGGGGAGGAUAUAGAGUUUGAGAUGUUUUAGCCUUAAAAGUAUGAUGUGAGAAAAGGAAGAUGUUUGAUUUUCGUUUUCAACUGGAGAUCUCUCAUCCUUGUUGUAACUGAUAUGUAGCAUAUUGAUAUAGCAUAUGGUGUAUACAUGUAAUGCAGAACAAUUGUGGACAGUUAAAAUGAGUACCAAAUACUUAC